CAUAAUCAUGUGGAUUCAUCGAUGGACAGGCCACUCGGAAUAAUGUUUCGACUAAAGCAGAUUUUCUUGUGGGUGAUCAUAUACUGCACUACAUAUCAGAUGAGCUGUGCAAAAAUAAUAAUAGUUGGUGAUCAUUUGAAAAAUACAAAUUUCCAGAAUUGUACCGGCACUGUCAUUCCAGCUAUGAAAAUAUGUCACCAAAUUUCUGACACACUGAUGGGGGAUUUGUGCAUAAUCAACGUCAAACAAAACACAACUUCCCAAGGAUAUUGUGAAAUAACAGCUGUUAAAAAAUACAGUUUCACCAUAACAAAACACGAUGGGAAUUAUGAAGUAAUAAUGACUGAGACAGUUACAGACAUACAGAUGUGGUUUUGGCCAGAUGACGUAAAAUGUCUACCAUCACAAGUCCUGACUUCAGCAGAUAAUUCCUGUACCAGUUGCCUCUGUGGUCAGAAAGGUUGUUUGGAAAUUCCUACUGUUGAUCCUGGGAAGAGAUGUGAAAACGCUACAUAUAACGCAUCUGUGUGCAGCGGGAAAAAUGGAAACAUGUAUGUUCUAAUUGUAAAUGGGAACAAAACAACAUGUGUGAACUGCAUUAAUCAAUCUAAGAUGACAUCCACUACUCCAGUGAAACCAUCUCAGACAACAUCCACUGCUGAUAAAACAUAUGAAACAUCCACUACUCCAGUGAAACCAUCUCAGACAACAUCCACUGCUACAGAGUCAACAACCAAUGCAGAAUAUAAAGGGUUUCCAAUUGAUGAAACUCUCAAUAUAGCUAUAAAUAAAGAUGACCCGAAUCCCUCAAAAGCAUCAGAUGCCUUGGACAAUCUGGAAAACCUGACAUACUUGAUGGAAAAAGAAAAUAAAAGCAGUGUGGCGGCUGUCAUUGGAGAUGUUAAAGGUCUUGUGUUCAGACAAGACAAGAACAAAGAAACACAAGACAUCAACAUCUACUACUCAUCAAAUCAGGACUCUAUGAUUGUUGGGAAUAAAUCUAUCCAGGAGGUGAACUUUCCCUGGUCUGUGAAAAUUUCCAAGGAGGCGUUUGAUAAAUCCCGUUUGGAAAACAAUGGAAGUGCAUUUGUUGGAGUUCUACGGUUCAAGAACAUGGGAAACAAUGAUGGAAACCAAAUGAUUUUAAACAAUGAGGUUUACGGUAUAACGAUGGGUGCCAAUAUCUCCAAUCUUACCAACAACAUUGAACUUUUCUUCAAACCAUCAAAGAAACUGGAUGGUAACGUAUCCUGCAAUUCCUGGAAUGGGAGAGGAAAACUGGAAUGGACCAGAUUUGGCUGUAACACCACAAUGAUCAACAAGGACACCAUAAAGUGCUCAUGUUCACAUCUGACUUUCUUUGCAAUACUUAUGUCUUUGCCAGACUCAAACCUCACAGCACCACAUGUGGAGUCUUUGACCUUCAUCACCAAUAUCGGCUGUGGCUUAUCCAUGUUCUUCCUGGGCAUGGGCCUGUUCAUGCAUUUCCUGUUACGGAAGGCCAAAUCAAAUCAGGCCACAAAGAUAUUGAUCAAUAUGUUUGUGGCUUUGUUUCUACUGAAUUUAUCAUUUUUGUGCAAUGAGAGUAUCGCCAACACUCAAGACAACUCUGCAUGCAUCGUCAUCGCACUGAUCAUGCAUUACUCGAUGUUAUCAACAUUCACCUGGUUCUUCAUUCAAGCCCUUCACAUGUACUUAUGGCUCAUCAGACAGAACGUCACCACCAAAAACUACAUGAGAAAAAUCAACGUGGCAGGAUGGGCGUGUCCAGCUCCUAUCGUCGUGAUCAUUGUUUCUAUGGGAGAGUAUAAAACAGUGAUUAUACAAUCAACAGCAAAAACCACACGAAUGUGCUGGAUUACAAAUCCUUACGUUCACUACAUUGUGAAUAUCGGCUACUAUGCCUUGGUUUUCAUUUUCACGACAGGAAUCUUCAUCAUGAUGGUCACAAAGAUUAUCCAAUCCAGAAACAUUAAUGUUGGUGAUGUGAAGAAAACCACGUUUAAGAAACAGCUAACGAUGAUUUUGAGUCUGUUCUUCCUGUUCGGCUUGACGUGGGGAAUCGCAUUCUUCAGUUUUGGACCGAUGGUCAUUCCGUCAUAUUAUAUCUUCACUGUGUUGAACUCAUUUCAAGGAUUCUUUCUGUUCUUGUAUUAUUAUCACAUUCACAAUGAUGUUGAAGGUCGUUUCUCUGAUGAUCCGGACAGCAGCUCCUCCAGUUCCACCAAAACACUUGAAUCCAGCAUUGAUCAUGCACCAAGUAAUGCUUAAAAUUAGAAGAGGGAAAAUAACGCUGUUUUUCUUUCUUUCUCAGAAAACUGAUAUAGCUGAUAGCUUUACAGUAAAGUGACUGAACACUAGAUGUCUGUCGAUCGCAAAUAAGUUGUAAUACAAGCGUGAUCAUAAUAUAAGUGGAAUUUUUAACCUAAUAACUUUGCUUUUUUAUAUUUAGAAUAUCUAACAUUUUUCCGAUGCUUUAUAUAGUUUUAAUGCUUUUUCAUUUAAACUAGAAUCUGUUUUUUCUCCAGGUUGUUGGGUGAAUGUUAGCAUGAUUGACAGAUGUGUUUACUGUUGCUGGCAGCUACUGAAACAUGCUGUAUAUUAUAUUAUUUUAUCAUGUCUGUAAUGUUAAGGGCCAUUAUAACACUAGUUAUGAAAUGAACUUUUUAUGUAAUGUAAUGUAAUAUGUAAUGAGCAUUAUUUUAUCAAAGUGUCUAUUUGGAGACUAUUCUAAAGUAUUAAAACUUUAGUGUAGUUAUUAAACUAUUAAAUGAUAUUAAUCUUUUUAAAAUUCACUGGGUUAGUACAAUUCAUUUUUCAAUUUGAAAGCUGCCCCAUGGCUUUCAUGACGUCUUGUGGCUUAUAGAUAUUAAUAGCAUUAUUUUCUAUUGAGCAGUUCAGUGGGGGUUUAAGACAUUUAAGACAUUAAGUCAUGAUUUUUCAUAAAGCUGCUUUUAUGUAUUGUAA